AUGUCCACCUCUAGAACCUCAUCAAACACUUCCCUCAAAGGCCAUGAUCAUCAUCACGACCAAACUCAAAUAAAUCUCUCUCUUCUUCAACGGAACACGUCGGUUUACGGCGAUAAAAGAGGAAGAAGAAAACAAGUAGAACCAGAUAGGUUUCUUGGUGUAAGGAGAAGACCAUGGGGUAGAUACGCAGCUGAAAUCAGAGAUCCUAAUACUAAAGAAAGACAUUGGUUAGGAACAUUUGAUACUGCUCAAGAAGCUGCUUUUGCUUAUGAUAGAGCUGCUCUUUCCAUCAAAGGUAGCAAUGCUAAAACAAAUUUCAUAUAUUCAACUUCUUCUCAAUCUGAUGAAACCAAUCUUCACAAUGUUGUUACUCCCUUAGAUCCUCAAAAAAUACAAGCAAUUACCAAUCAAACUAGCCUCUCUCAGCUUGAUGAUGAUUCUCAUUUGAACAAUGAAAACUUGUUCUUCUCUAAUGAUUCUACUAACUCGGGCUACCUCGAAUGCAUUGUUCCGGUUAACUGUUUCAAACCUAUUUCAAACACCAACAAUUCAAACUUUGAUCAUAAAAGUAAUGCAAGUGGUUCAAGUGAACAUCACCAAAAUGUUGUUGAUUCCAUCAGUGCAACAAAUUUCAUGCAGGGUCAAUCAUUUUAUGACUACAAUGCAUUCUCUCAAGAAGCAUUAAACAUUGACACAAGUGAAAGUAGCGAAGGAUUAUGGGAUUGCAAUUACAAUGAACUAUCGGCUAUUUUUAACACACCAUUGAGUAAUGAAAGUCCAAACUAUGAACUAAUGACAACUCAUGAUGUUUCUUCAACCAGCUAUUAUCCAUCAUGUUCUUCUUUCGGCGAUGUUGACAUGGAAUACUCGCUCUUCUAA